AUGCGCUGCGUGCUGUUUAUGUGUGCCCUCUGCGUGUGGUGUGCCGGCGGAUGUUCCGGUUUGAACGGGAUAAGGCAUGUAGAGGUGCCAUAUGCCGGCGGGUAUGCGGUAAAGGCUGGAGAACAAGGUUCACAUGAGCGUGCUGCUGAGCCUUGUGAUCCUGGAAGCACUGUAUCCGGAGGAUCGUGCACUGUUGGAGGGGCAAUUGUUGUGGAUGCUGGCCCUGUCGGUUGUAAAGAACAGGGUAUCUCUGAAGAGUGCGAAGGCCCGGGGGCUCCCGAGUCUUGCAAGGGGAAUGUGCAACAGCCUUGCGGGGACCAAGGGAAGAGUGUGACAGGUGGGUCUUGCCCUGAUGGUAAGAAAGAACCCUGUACAGGGUCUACGGAGGCUUUAUCUGGAUCUAACGUUGAUGACGCUGCCGAUGGCGGGCAUGGUAUUCACAAAUUAACUGACGAGAAUGAUUCUUGUCCGCAAGAUAAAAGGGAAGCGAAUGGGUCGUGUGCGUCUUCACCUGCUGCCUCCAAGGCCUUAGUGAAGGGAGAAGACGGUAAAGUACGUGACCUAACUGCUUCUGGAGAAGGCGAGCGAGGAGAUCGUUCUGGCGGCAAUGGUGAUUGCGGUAAGGGAAAAGGCGUUGAUCGUUCUGCUGAUUCCAGCGCCGCUGGCUCGUGUCCGAAUCUACCGGUCAGCCCUCCAGAUAAUAAUUCUCAGCUGCCAGCUCAACCCCAGCCACAACAACAGACCGGGCAGGUGGAGAGGGAUGGAGGAAAGAUGAUCCCUGAAGAAGCCAAUGAGCGUACCAACGAUGAGCGACUUGAGCUUCAGAAGAGAGGUCACGUUUCUAGUGGUGGUGGUGCCAAGCACGACAACUUUAAGGAAGAAAAGAAGGAAAAGACCACCUUUCAGACGGACGCGAAAAACAGUGGAGACAAUUCGGAGAGGGAAAUCAUUGGUGGAUCCACAAAUAACAGCAAGGAGGAACCAAGUUCUGACGCUUCACACUCAGCGGAGGAUAAUCACAAAGCUGGCAGCUCUGCUGAAGAUAAUCCAGCAGAAGAGACUACUAAGAAACCAAAUUCCCAAGUCUCAGGUGAAUCAAAUGAUUCGAUGCAGCCGCAGUCAUCUCAUGCCCCUGCUUCCCUAAGUGCCCCAGAGGCCACAAACAAACCGAGAAACAACCCAGUGGUCCAGAACUUGAAGGACACAAAGAAUGCGGACAGCAGCGUCAGUCUUGUGUGGUUGCAUGCACCGCUGCUUCUGCUGACGUUGUUUGCAGUGACGGCUGUGUGA